GACGACUGGUCCUUCAUUCACCUUCAGCACUCAGUGUCUACGAGCUGCAUACCCGGAUUAAAGCUUUCGAGCAGAAAAUGCCACAGGAAGAUGUUAAAAGCCCGUUUGAUUCAAUGCCACUGCUUCAUUUUGAUUUCAAGUUUUAAGCCUAUUCGUUCACUAUGUAAACUAUAAACGGAAAAAUUUGAAGACGGAAGCUAUCAUUUGAAAGAAAUUUCCUCAGAUCUGAAGGAUGUUCUCUUCUCAAGCUCAGACUUUCAUUUCAUGCAUUACAUUUUUCAUUCACUAAAAUAAUUUUGAAGAUAUCAAAUAUCGGAGAACAUGAUAUUAGUUUUACAUAAAGAAGCAAUCGAACUUUCAAUAAUAUUCGGAUCUUAAAUGCAUUUACUAAAAUAUUUCUAAAAUCUAUUAUUAUAGUUUCCAACUGAAGUUUCAUAACAAGAAAUCUUGGAUGAUAUAUGUUUUAUUUUUGAGAAUGGAAAGCAUACUUCCACAGAAAUAUGUGUUCUAAAUUGAUUAAUCAAAGACGGAAGAUAUGCUGUAUUUUAAUCAAAUUUAAUUAUUAGUCGAUAUGUUUUAAAUGCAUUUAUUUUUAAAAUAUUAUAGAUAAUUUAGUUUUUAUGUGAAAUUUACAAAAACUAUUCGAAGAAAAGGAUAUUCCUUAAAGAUCCUUUAAAGGGAGCAUAACGCACAAUCAUCUUUAAAUUUAUUAGCAAGGUAUACCUAUUUAUUACUUCGAGAAUAAACUACUAAGAGAUAUUAUUCAUUACUUUCGCAAUCAGUGAAGUUGUUAAUCAUCAUGGCAAGUAAUUUAACGGAUAUGUCCAGCGCUACAGAAGAGAUAAGUAAUUGCUCUUUGCUGGAUACACUUCUAUGCAGUUCCGUAACCUGUUCUUUUCAAGAUAAUGAUCUGAACUGCAGUAAUUCAAAUUGGUCUCCAUCUAAUAUACCAGAGACGUCAGCCCCGGAGCCCAAUCCUGCCUUGGAAGAAUUUCAAGAACAAAGUCGGUUUUGGGUUCAAAAGGUUCUAGUCCCGAUUAUAAUGCUGAUAGGAGUAAUAGGAAACACAGUCACAAUUUUUAUAAUGACCCAAAGGCGCAUGCGCAGCUCCACAAAUUGGUAUUUAGCAGCUCUUGCAAUUUUCGAUAUGAGUUAUCUCGUCUUUUCUUUUGCACUAUCUUUUCAACAUUACCCUCACAUACAUGAUUCACAGUUUUACGCGUACUGGAAAUUUUGGCCAUAUAUGUUGACUAUCACUGAUGCUUCAAGCAAUUCGUCAGUAUGGAUAACUGUAACGUUCACCAUUGAACGUUACAUAGCGGUAUGCUAUCCUAUGAAGGGUAAAAUAUAUUGCACAGAAUCCAGAGCAAAGAAAAUGAUUGUUAUAGUUUUCUUAAGCUGUUUUCUAAUCACUUUACCAACAGCUUUCGAGUGGAACAUCAUUGAAAUCGUGAAUCCGGUUACCAAUGAGACUCAGAUUCGAGCUGAUUAUUCAGAGUUGGGUCGUAAUCCUGUUUAUAAAUCGGUGUACUACUGGUUUAUAUCUGUGGUUUUCAUCAUGAUUCCUUUCAUCCUACUUGCUGUAUUCAAUGCUUUCCUAAUUAAAUCAGUGCAUUCUUCGAAAUCCCGAAGAAAGACCAUGACCAGAAGACGUGAAACUGGAGACCAAGCUAGGCAAGAGAGCAAGAUAACUGUCAUGCUUAUAGCUGUUGUUAUCUUGUUUCUCAUAUGCCAAUUGCCCACUGCUGUUAUCUUGCUUUAUGAAGCAUUCCACCAUGUCACGCCCAGUAGCAAUGAAGACCUGCUUCUUCGAGGACUUGGCAACAUCUUCAACUUCCUCAUGGCCAUAAAUGCAGCCGGAAACUUCGUCCUGUACUGUCUCUUAAGUCAGAAGUACAGAAGGACUUUCUUGGUAAUAUUCUGUCCAUGUCUGAAGGGCAAGAUCACGAGGCUACAUUCUGUUUAUCAGAAUACUGUUUAUUCAACCAUGGAAAAUGAGAGUCCAGCGGCAUCCAGGAAAUACAGUGUCCGUAACCCGAAAGCAAAGGACAGCACCGCAACCCUUCUGAAUCAGAGUAGUUUUUCAAGGCAGCAACCUCAGAAAUCCCCAUCAAUUCCUCGUUCCCAACAGCAGCUGAGUUUUUCAAAGACAGUAGCGGUGUUCACUGACGACAAUGGUUCAUAUCCUUCUCCUGAAGAUACAAAUUAUCGGCGACUGCUAAGGGGAUUCAGAUGUCCUUGGAAGAGGACUAAAAUAGCUACUGGAUCAUGUCAGGACGAACGAACUGGACAGUUCAUACCUCUAAAAUCUCCUACAAAAUGUUCUGUCUUCGAUUCAGCUCACCUGCCUCCUGAAAAUAUGUCUGUAUAAAAGAUAAGAAACUUCAGAAAUAUUUAUGUAUAUGCAUGAACGAUUGUGAGUUCUAAAUUAUGUAAAAAAGAAUGUGAAAUUCGAAACUAUGUUUGUAAUGGUAUUGUCCUUAUAGUGUAUUAUCCCAUCAUGCAUUUCAUGGCAUAAUUUUAAAUGUUCAGUUACUGUGAUGUAAUUAAUACCCAAUAAAUAACUCAACUCCCA